CGGCAUGUUCCCCCUCCUCCCGCGCUUCCGGCCGAGGGUUUCAAGCACUCUUCCAGCCGUAGCGGCUUCGAACAGGCACCUCAGCAAUGGAACUCGAGGCGGAACGAGAAAAAAUCAGGCAGGAGAUCGAAGAGCUGGAGAGGAGUUUGGGCCCAGUCAUUCCAUCAAAUGGGAUUGGAGUGCUGGACUCCAGUUUGGAAUCUGGCUCUGAAGAGGAAGAUGACCUGGAAGAGGAUGAAUCUGAUACUCAACUUGACAUGGAGGUGGACCCAGGCGGGGAGAAAGGUGACAGCGAGGAAGAUGAGGAGGAAGUCAACCUACCCCAAACCCCAGAAACCUGCCUCCAGAUGAACCUGGUUUAUCAGGAAGUGAUCCAGGAGAAGAUUGAGGAGAUCAACACUCUCCUUGCCCAAAAUAAAAAGCAACAGGAAAAACUCACCUGGGAGCUGGCCGGAACAAAAGGCAUGAAAUCGAGCGAUGGGAAAUCCUUGCCAGCAAAUAUGUUUUUGGGCCAUUUUAUGAAACCGUACUUUAAGGACAAAACAUCAGGGUUUGGCCCUCCUGCCAACGACGACACUCGAGAAAAGGCGAGGCAAGGCAUCAAGUCUUUCGAGGAGCUGGUCACUAUCAAAUGGAAGAGCCGGGAGAAGUUGCUGCUGCAACAGGCCGUCGUGAGUGACCGCUUACAGCAUCUGCUGCAGCCAAAGCUGCUCAAGGUGGAUUAUCUGAAUGAAAAACGAGAGAAAUCUAAAGAUGAGAUGGAAAAGCAGAUCUUGGCGAAGCAGAUCCAGGAAACAGAACGUGAAAUAAGUGAAAUCAAUGUGUUGCCAGAAGAAGCUUUGCUGGGAAACAGACAUGACGAGCAUGACUGGGACAAGAUUGCCAACAUCAAUUUUGAAGGAACACGCAACGCCAAAGAGCUGAGGAAAUACUGGCAAAAUUGUGAGCAUCCCAACAUCAACAAGAAGGAAUGGAGCGAGGAGGAGAUCGAGAAGCUGAAGGAAAUCGCUAUCCGGCACGGCGGUCUGCAUUGGGAAGCAGUCGCCCAAGAGCUGGGGACGCAGCGCACAGCCUUUCAGUGCCUCCAGAAGUUCCAGUCCUACAAUAAAGAUUUCAAACGGAGCGAAUGGAGCCCCGAAGAAGACCAGAUGCUCAGGCAGCUCGUGCAGGAAAUGCGAGUUGGGAAUCACAUUCCUUACCGGAAAAUGGCAUACUACAUGGAGGGGAGGGACUCUGCCCAGCUGAUCUACCGAUGGACCAAGCGAGUGGACCCCAACUUAAAGCGAGGCGCCUGGACGCCAAAGGAGGAUGCUUUACUCCUGAAGGCCGUGGAAAAGUACGGAGAGCGGGACUGGUAUAAAAUCCGGGCGGAAGUGCCUGGCAGGAACGAUCUGCAGUGUCGAGACAGGUACUUGCAUUCCUUGCACUAUGACAUAAAGAAGGGGAAAUGGAGCGAAGAGGAGGAAAAGAAACUGAUUGAGCUGACUGAAAAAUACGGCAGGGGCCACUGGGCAAAAAUAGCCUCAGAGUUGCCCCACCGCUCCGGAUCUCAGUGUCUGAGCAAGUGGAAAAUCUUGCUGGGGUAUCGAAGGUACAGGAGGAAGAAACAAGGAAGCAAACGUCAUCCAAGGUGCAGACGUGUCCACCGAUGGAGCUCCAGCCCCUCGGAGUCCAGCAGUGAAUAUUCAGACCUGGAUUUGGAUGUGGACGGUGCUGAGGAGAAGGACGAGAGGCCCAAGGCCCAUCGGCCCAAAGGGGCCGGUCGCUGGAGAGUUCCCAGCCUGGAUCUCUGGGUCCCUGCCAGGAAAGAUCUGUCUGAAGCCAACCCUGGAGAGCUGCCGGCUGUCACUCUGCUUUCCAAAGGUUUUGAUGUCAACAGGAAGCGGAGGCUGGACUCUGGGGCUCUGCUGGGUCCAGAAGAGGGACAGAGGGCAGAAGAUUUCGUUGCCCUCACCCCAGAGACUCCAGAAUUGGCUCAAAUGAAAGGGAACGAGAAUUCUGGGAAGGCGAGGGAUGCGUGGAGGGUUUCCUUGGCUUAUGUGAAAAGUGUCCUGAGGAGGAACAGCUAUGAGCAGCAGAGGAGAAAGCGGGAAAUCAGAAGAAAGAAACGCUUUGCUUCCAGCUCCUCUGUUGGCCCCAGAGGUUCCCAGUUGGCCCCGCUGGCCACUCUGACGAAUGGAGCUGGCCGGCAGAAGGACGGGAUAAGGAAGACGACCCUCUACCGGAGAUUGAUGGUGGCAGUCACGCCCUGGGCUGGGAACAUGGUGCAGGAGUGGGCCCUCCGGAUGAAGGAGGAGGCUUCCCGCAAGUCAAAAGCGGACAUGAUCUUCAGGCAGCUGCAGACAGCCCACCUCACAAGCACACCUCUGUUCACGUUCCUGAUUCAGCUCCUUCAUAUCGACGUGGACGGCUGCAUGAAGGUGAUUCAGAGAAGGAAAUCUCGGCAGCCGGAGCUGCUGAAGGCCAUCGUUGCGCCUGUGGGCAACAGCAAGCAGCCCUCGUCUUCACAGGAUGGCAAAGCUCAGCCUGGCCUCCCAGCGGCCAGCGGCCAACCCAGCAAGAAGCUGAUUCCUCUGAAGGCUAAAGAGGGGCCCGUCCCCACCAACACAUGGAAGGCCCGUUCGCCACCUGGCCCGGCCCCCAAGCUGAAAACCGUCUCGGAGCUGCUACGGGAGAAGAGGCUGCGCGAACAGAUGGCCAGCAAGGCUGCCCAGAAGAAGAUCUUCCUCGCCCCUCAGCUGCUCCUCUCUACCUCUGUCAUGGUCCCACAGACAAGGGGUCCCAUCGCCCCGUUGGCCAACGGCCCCCACGCUCUCACGGCCAGCCAGGUGUCACCAAGGCCGCCUCCUGCUUUGGCUUCCGGGACUCUGGGGCCAUUUCCUGGAAGGGAUUCGGCCUCCCUUGCAGACCUGGCGGGGGGCUCUCAGGAGAGGACCCUUCCCUGCAAUGGGGACAAAGAUGAGGCCGCUAGAGAAGAAGGCAGAGAUGGCGGCCAAGAGGGCUUUUCGCCUCAGAGAAACCCUGAAGUGGCCGGAACACCUGCUGGACCUCCUGCUAACGUGAACUCCAUCCUGGCAGAUGCCCUUUGCCCCACUCCAGCCUCUGGUGCUUUACCCCACCUGGUAGCUGCCCAAGCACAGCCCAGUGCAGUUGUCCAACCCACCCUGCCCAUCAGUUGGGUGGUGACUCCUCAAGGCCUUCUCCCGAUCACCCUGGUGAGCGUCCCCAGUCAAGGAAAGCCACUGGCCAGUGGCACUCCGACAAAUCCCAGCCAGCUGGCAGAGACUUCAGUCGAGAUCCCCGCCGCAACUAUGGGGGUUCCGGUGAUGGAGGGGCCCCCCAUGCAAGCGGGCCUUCCUUCCGGCUGCCCACAGAGCGAUGCAGGCACUCGACUGACGGAUAUCCCCCCUCCUCCUCUGCCACUUCUUGGGAACUCCACAGUACCACGGUACCCUCCACCCGCUGCUUGUGUCGGGACACCUUCCUUGCCUGGAGGGACUGCUGCCAGCACCCCAAGUUCAGAGGCUUUGUCUCAAGGCCCAGCCGCUCUAGAUGUCCCCUCUGAUGCAGCACUGCAGGCCUGCCCCAUGCCAUGUCCACCCCAGGAGGGCACAGCCUCCCCCCUUUCUCGUCUCCUUUCCCUAGAAGCAGAGCCGGCAGUGAAGGCAUGGGCCAAGGAGAGCCAGGGGGUGAGGGCUCCCUCGCUGGGAAGGGGCCUGCCUUAUCUGCCCCCGUUUCUGUGCAGCUUGAAAACGCUCUCGGCGCUGCUGCUGAAUAAACCGUCCCUGGAGCAGAGCGCUGCCUCUCUUCUGGGCCCCGAAGGGCGGCGGGAAGAGGCCAGCCAGGCAGACCUGGAGGCCUUGAGGCACACGGUGCGCCAGAAACUCCAGGACAACCCUGCCUAUCAACUCCUGAGAGAACGGUUCUUGGCGGCCUUCAGUUUCCCAGCUGCUCUGGCCGCGCUGCCUCCUCCCAGGGUGGCCACGACCCUCUCGGGGGGCAGGUGGUGGGAGAGCAGCCAGGGAGAAGAGUCCAGCUCGUCUUUGGAAGAGGAGGAAGAGGAGGAGGAAGGAGAAGAAGAGGAGGCUGAGAGAGAACCCCAAGGAGCAACCAGAGAUGGCCCUGCUGAGACAACGGAGGCCAAUGGGGAACUGGAGGAGCCUGGAACGGAUGUCGACUCAGACCACAGCAGCCCAGUCAGAACCCGGAGAAGCCGGCGGCUCCGGAAAAGAGGAGUCCCUCUGUGACGGCAGCAGCCCCUUUGCUUCCAUUAUUCUCUUUAUUCCUAAACCUGAGUGUGUGUUUCUGGGGAGUUCGGUUGCCCUCUGGACUUCAUUGUUCCUGUGUUUGGCCCAGAGAUGAAACCCCAAAGCCAAGGGAGGGAUCGAGUUUUUUGGGGCGGCAAAAUUCUACCUCUGGCAUCUUGGCUACUGGGCAGAUUUUGACAAUUAUGAGCAGCAUCUCCUGUCUACGGAUGCGGGGAAAUUGCCUUCCUUACUUCUGAAGCUGCCUUCACCAAUCUGGCGUAACCACAAAGGCGAGGAUUGCGGCUUCCAGAAUUCCCCAGCUGACAUGAUCAACACAGAGAAUUCUGGGACUUUGGAGGAUAGAAACUUGGCGGACAUUGGCAGGAGUCCUAGUUGUCCACCUGCAGUGUGAACACCGCACUGCCUGGCAAACAAACAGCAUUUUUGCUCUUAUUUGCGACAGCGGGACUGUCCCGACAUGCUAGAUCUGGUGUUAAGCCAUGAUAAGGGUUUGUUUUGUUGGGACCUGUAACUUUUUGUGUUGCAGCUUCUUGUGGGCUCCCUUCUCCCUCACACCAACUCCCAAGGAUACUUCAACCCAGUGAUAGGAGUGACCUUCAAGGAAGUUAUUGGCAGUUGUUCUGUCGACUUAUGGGGGUCCUUGGAGGAAGCUAUUUGGGUUAUACGGACUGCUUCUCAUUUUGCUUCCCAGAGCACAGUGUGGUCACAGAAAGGAAGCAAAAUUAUACUUCUAAAAUGUCUUUGUCAGUUGAAUCCCUGUGUAGCCUCGUGCGUGAGUAAGCAAACGACGGGCUCCCACAGUUGGAAUAGCAGCUGCUUCGAACACGUGUUUAAUUUUUUUACUCUCUUCCAAGUUGAAUUUGUCUGUUUUGCAUUAAAAUCUUUGUGUUUCACGA